AUGUUAGCUUUUUCACGACUUUGCCCGUUCCACUCUGCGUUUUUCUUCAGUGCCGCAAGACCAGUCACCAGCCCAACCGAGGCCUCAGUGGGGACCUCAGCUCAUCCGACCGUCUUUAUUUCCCACACACAAGCUCGCCGUAUUCCAGUCUCAUCCUCUGCAGUCGUCGACUCAGCUGCUCGGCCAAAUGAUAGUGCCGUGGACAUGAUCAGCCUUCAUGUCACCAGCACAAAUGGUGUCGAGAUUGGCAAAACUUAUAUGAACUCUUCCAUUCGACUGGAGCUAAAGAUGCCCAAAUUGGAAGAGUGGACUCUAAUGAAUGAUUGGGAUGAGUCGCGAACAGUUUGGACAUACAGCAAAGAGUCUAGUGAUGGUGAUAAUGACGGUGAUAGUGAUAAUGAUAGUGAUGGUGAUAUUAAUGUUGACAUUGAUGUUGACAUUGAUGGUGAUAGUGAUGGUGAUAUUGAUGUUGACAUUGAUGGUGAUAGUGAUGGUGAUAUUGAU